AUGGCACGUCGUAUGACUUUGAUAGUGUUGACAGACUUCUGUUGUUGGGUGCCCAUUAUAAUCCUGGGCUUUGUUUCUUUGGCAGGUGCCAGAACCGAUAUACAGGUGUAUGCUUGGAUAGCAGUCUUCGUGUUACCAUUGAACUCGGCCACCAAUCCAGUCAUCUACACCUUAUCUACCGCCCCGUUCCUUGGCAACAUCAGGAAGCGGGCCAAUAGGUUUCGGAAAUCCUUCAUUCACUCUUUGACCGCGGAGACAAAUCACAGUUAUGUAG